AAAAGCGCUAAGUUUUUAAGUGAAAUGAAGAAGCGGGGAAAACUUUCACACUUAGAAAAAAAUUGCGCCCGACCCCAAAACUGAAACAGAUCGAAAACCCGACCCCAACUCUCGCUCGACUCCUUCAUUCUGAGCUCACCCCAAAACAGAUCUCCUCCCAAACUCGAUCUCCAUUCUCAACCCGACCCCAAACUUGACCUCCUCCUCCAUUCUCUAGCUCAGACCCGGACCCAGCCUCCUCCGCCUUUCUCCGCAUCCGCCUCCGACCCCAACCUUAACCCCCUCCUCCUUUCUCCUUCUUCGUCUCAGAAACAAUGAACGCGAAGAACACCCCCACAGAGACCACCGGCGAGUCUCGAUUCUUGGGAACCAUCUCCGCCUCAUCGAUUCGAAACCUCCACCCCAGAUCCAUCUCAACCAAGCACGGAAAAUCCUUCUUCAGCCCCAAAAUUGCGGCACCAAUUGCCCCAAAAUUGCUCGCCCUCGAAAGCGUUUCGUCGAACUCGUUGAAGGACAAGGUUUAUAGGAUCUUCUGCAGGGAAAAGCGUAAUCUCGCCGGUAGAAAGGUAGCUGAAAUGGUAUGCAUUCAGAUUCUUUUUUCCGAUGGAUCUACAUCUGGUGAAUGAAGCUUGGGCUUUGAGUUGUCAGUUCUAAUUUCUAAGAAAAGAAUAAAAUUAGAACGAUGGGCACUAACUAUUCUGGGGAAGGAAGCACUGGCGGAAUCAUACAGAAAGUGAUGGAAACUAUUUUCAAAAGAGUGGAGACAACGAAAGAUAACACGGAGUUCUUGAUCAGGGUAUCGUUUAUUGAGAUAUUCAAGGAGGAAGUGUUUGACUUGCUUGAUCCAAAUUCAUCAACUCUCUCUAAAAAUGAAGGGGCAGCUACUACAAAGCCUAUAGCAAGAGUGCCUAUUCAAAUUAGUUAGAGAAACAGUGAGUGGAGGGAUAACACUUGCUGGUGUGACUGAGCCAGAGGUUAGGACGAAGGAAGAUAUGGGAUCAUAUCUGGUUCGAGGUUCUUUAGCUCGUGCUACAGGGAGCACAAACAUGAACAGUCAGUCAAGUCGCUCACAUGCUAUAUUUACAAUAACCAUGGAGCAAAUUAAAGAAGAUUUCUCACUGUCUGAAUGGAGCAAAUAAUGAUGAUAUCGGUGAGGUUUGUGGCUAUUCAAUCUGUAGUGGUGUUGUGGUUUGUGGAAAGAGACUCAAGUGCUUGGGCCUUAAACCCUAAGUUAAGGGAGUUUUUGGCUCAGCGUUCCAGGUUGGUGUUCCAGGUUGGACUUUUUAGUCUUGUUCCGCUUCGCAAGGUAAUGGUUAUGGAUUACAAACUUACAUACCCCAGUGGGACUGCCACAACAAUGUUGAUCAAUAGCUUUCACACUAGAAGUGGUGCAGAGAUUGCUGGGAAGCAAGUGCAAUGUCUUGGAAAGUAUCUAAGCAUGAGUUUAAUUUGGAGCUGCUUUAAGUGGUUCUUCAGUGGUAUUGGAGAUUCAUGUGGGUUUGACAACUUUCCUAGCCUUGGAUUGACACUUUUUAAGAACACGUUUUAUUUCGACUCCAGUCCUACUUAUGUCGGAUGUGGUCUUAUUUGCCCUCACAUAGUCAACUGCUCAGUACUUCUUGGGGCUAUCAUAUCAUGGGGUUUCCUUUGGCCUCUCAUAUCCCAACAUGCUGGGCACUGGUAUCCAGCUGACCUUGGUAGCAAUGAUUUCAAAGGUCUUUAUGGAUAUAAGGUCUUCAUAGCUAUUGCCCUUAUUUUGGGGGAUGGUCCAUACAAUUUGAUCAAGAUUAUAGCCAUUACUAUCAAGGAAAUAUGCAAUAAAAGUAGUAAACAGAACAAUCUUCCUUUGGUUAAAGAAAAGUUGGCAGAUGGUGAGAGUUCUGAAGUAACCCUGGAACAAAAAAAGAGGGAUGAGGUAUUUCUCAAGGAUAGAAUACCUCGAGGUGUGCAUUGAAAUGGCUGAUUAUAUACAGAGUUUGGUGUAAGACUUUUGGCUUCCAUGAUUUUGAGUAAGGCUAGUUUUUGCUUUGAAGCAAAGUUUGGUGUAGAACGUACUUUUGUAGUUGGUUGCUAAUAUGUUUCUAAGCUAGCCUUUGUAGGUUUUGGGUUUUAUUUUGUGAAUUAUGUUGAAUCAUGAAUUUGGAAAGAAAAUUAAUGGAAAGCUCCAAUUUUUGGGUGAUGAGAAAUG